UUUUUCCAAUUCUCAAUCUCCAAACACCCCCCAUUUAUUUCUCUCUCUAAUUUUCUAUAUCUUUUUUCCAUACCCAUUUUCCGAUGGAAGAAGAAUUCCAAGAAUCCGAGGUGAUUUUCCCGGAAAAUGCAGAAACCAAUAACGAUGUGCACAACUUCUCAGCUCACUAUUCGAAUUCACGUGAACUGGGUAAGAAUAAACCGAAGAGAAAGAAGAAAAAGAAGAGGAAUUCACUUCCGGUGAAUAUCCCUGACGCUUUUGCUGAGAAUUCGUGGUUUCAGUGCGUGGAAUCGGACUUCUUCGACGACGAGUAUGGCGACGACGGAGAGAUGAUUCCACCUCACGUCAUCCUCGGCCGGAGAAUCGCCGGAAAAAUGGCGUUCUCGGUGUGCACCGGAAAUGGGAGGACUCUGAAAGGAAGGGACUUGAGCGAAGUGAGGAAUUCAAUUCUGAGGAUGACUGGUUUCCUCGAAACGUAACACCAAUAAUUUGUUUGGUAAUCGACACACAAACCAGCAAAGGAAGGGAAAUGUUCUACAUGAUUGUUUUUAUUUAUAAUCUUAUACAUAGUCUCUCUGAAUUCCCUCAUUUGUUGUAACAGAAAACAAAAUUGGAAUUUGAAAACAAACCAGCAAAGGAAGGGAAAUGUUCUACAUGAUUGUUUUUAUUUAUAAUCUUAUACAUAGUCUCUGUGAAUUCCCUCAUUUGUUGUAACAGAAAACAAAAUUGGAAUUUGAAAUUAAAAUGUUUUUUUUUUUUUUUUCCGAUGAAUAUAUUUAGACUUAACUUA